UUUCCCAUUUGUGUUUAUAUUUUAUUUUGUGGGCGGAGAAAAAUUCAGUAAAUAGGCAUAAAAAUAACAAUUUUUUUCACAAAACAACAUAACACAUAACAAUGUCUUCUCCACCACCUACCAAACCCCCUCGUGGUGUUAAACAGGGGAAAGAAACGAGUGGUCUGCUCAUGUCAGUGAUCCGCACUUUGUCAGCGAGUGAGACGAACGAGCAGAGAGAGAAAGAGAGGGCUAAACUGGAAAAGGAGUACAAGAAGAGUGAUGCAAGACUCGAUGAGCUUGUUGCGGCUCAUGCUCAGGAGAUGACUGAUGUUAUGCAGAAAUUCAGUGCAGUGAGCUCUGCACUCAGCGCGUGGGGGCAGCACUGCGCAGCGGCCGAGGCGCGGCUCGGAGCCUGCAGGGCUUUGCUGCGCGUGCGCCGCGAUGACUUGCGGAGAUUGUGGGCCGAUGCUAGGACACACCACCAUGCUCUGAGGAUGCUCACUGACAUCGAGCGCGUGGUAGUGUCGGAGCGCGAGGCGCGCGAGCUGACGUCGGCGGGGCGCGUGCUGGCCGCGGCGCAGGCUCUGCAGGCCGCGUUGCUGACCGCCCGCACUGAGCUGCCGCACGUGCACGCGCUGUCCGCUACUACAGCUCAUCUAGAGGCCAAAAAGAAGGAACUGGUGGACAUAAUAGUGCGUCGCAUCAGCGAAGCGGUGUACCGCGACGAGCGCGCGCCGCUCAGUCGGCGCGUGUCUGCCAGGCGACGGACGGCUUUAUUGCUGGCGGAAUUGACAAAAAGCGAGGAGGUAACGGACGCGUAUCUGCAGGACAUAACGCCAGAGUUCGAAGCAUCCCUCACCGAGGAAGACAAGACCUUCGAGACCAACGUCAUGAUAUCUCUUGAGGCUUUAGGCGUCUUGGAACAGCUUAAAGAGGCCACUGAGAAAUUCAAGGUCCAAAUCCAGAACGAACUCUUAGAAGUUAUCGACUCUGUAUCGCGUCGUAUCAUUGACGACGUGGAAAUAGAAGCCGACAUCGAGGGAGAAGAGGAUGGAGACAUACCCGAGGCUGAAGGAGUGACAGAGAUGGGGAGACCGCUAGCACGACUUGUGAACUGCUUGGCUGAGGAGUUUAAAGCUUGUGGAACGAGGAAUAAACGGCUACUGCAGCUGUGGCGGGCCGCGCUGCAGAAGCAUCGCAUAUCGGAGCAAUGUCUGCACACCGAGCAACACUACUGGAGCGCCGUGCAACAAGUCAUGCAGCUACUGCUAACGGAGUACUUGGAGAUAGAGAGCGUGAACCUCGCGGCGCAGAGGUCUAGCGGCAACGCGGCCGACAGCAGCGCGACUGAGUUGCGGCUAUCCGAUUACUUCGCCAAGAAACGGCCCCAGAGACGCAGGGAUAAACUGUUCAAACUGACUGCGGCUACCCCUCCGCCGGAUGCGGUAGUGUCCCGCCGGCAGCGGUACCCGCUGGUGUGUCGGCCGCAGCCGGCGUUGCUGCACGCGGUAUUGCCCGCUCUGCACGCCUUGUGUGCUCAUUUGGAACGACCCGGGGGAGGCGAAUGUUCGCUUCGUGCGUUCAUCUCGGACUACGUGCGUUGGGGCGAGAGUGAGCGACUGUCGCGCCACACUCGCGCGCUCAUCGACGCGGCGAUGCGAGCGCCGUCCGCUUGGAGAGAGAGGUCUAUGCCACCCGACAACACUGUAGGCCACCGGCCCGUGUUCACGUGCUGCUUAGAAGCGUGGAACGCAAUCCGCGAGUGCGCAGUGGCGGCUCGGCGCUGCGGCAGCUGCGGCGGCAGCGCUGCGCUGCGCGUCAUCGACUCUGCGCUCGAGGCGCUGGCUGCGCAGUGCCGCGCUGCGCACGCUAAGCUUGCGCCUGGAGCUCCUGCGCGCGCCGCGAGGUGGCUCGCUGAUGAUGACAUAGUGAGGUUCCUGAAGGCCCUACCCAACUAUAGAGCCGCGAUCGAGCAUACCGAGUAUACUGACAAGGAGCUGAAGCAAGCAUACGAGCGUGAAGCGGAAAUCCUCGGAACAAGUUUGGGCGACGGAGAAGUGGCUAAACGAGAAAUAGUCGCCGACAUCAAUACCCUCGUGGAUCUGGCGCUACUGUGCGAGAGCAUGGAUUGGCUCAGCACGAACAUCAAAACCAUCCCAGCCAUAGCCAGCGCCCCGUCCGGAGUGGGCGCGGGCUUGAAACUGAACGACAAGUUCCACUCCUACAUCGCCGCAGCCGCCGGCAACUUUGAGGCCAUCGCGCACAAGUGCCUUCUGUUCCUGCAUUUGGAGAUGCGUAUCGAAUGCUUCCACUACCUGGGGCAAGAGGAGAAGGUGGAAGGCUCGGAGAGUUCCGAGCAAUCGGGCGGCGCGGGCGGCGCCUCGCGCCUCGCGCACCGCCUCUUGGCAUUCCACGAGCACGCCUCCGCGUUACUGGCGGACGAGGCCUUGGCGUACAUAAUGAGCGGCGUGGGCGAGAUGAUGUCCGCGGCAGUGGUGUGGCGCUGGCAGAGCGAGGCAGGAGCGGCGGGCGCGGGCUCCAGCGCGAGGCUAGCUGCGCUGAGGCACUGCCUCGCGGCGCUCUCCCUGCCGCACGACGGCCUGCACGCCGCGCACGCGUACCUGCACCUGCUGGCUUGCACGCCUGAGGAAAUUAUAACAUCGGUCCGCGAGAAAGGCCCGCAGUUUUCGGAGCUGGAAUAUCUGAACGCGUUCAAAGUGAUCGGCGCGAGGCGCGGCCUGUCGCCCGCCGACAUGCGCGCGCAGCUCAAACAGCUGUCCGCCGCGCUCGGACACGUGGGCGUCACCGUGUAAACUGCGACUGAUGAGGACAAAUCUAGCGGAAUAGGGUAUUUUACACCAACGAGAGAAUUCUAAAAAUGUAUAAACAGGAUAGUAUUAGCACGAAAAAUGUUAUUAAUAUAACAAAAAAGGUAGACUGUAAUUAGGUUACAUAAAUAAUUAUGAAUGAUAUUAUUAUACUUAAUUUUGCUUUUAUGUAAUCUUAAAAUUUCGUUAAUUAUUAU